AUGAGUAAACAAGAAAGAGGAGGACGUCGUCAAAGGGGACAAAAAAUUGAGAGUGGGGUUAUCGGAUAUAUUCCAAAAGAAAUACCAAAAGAAGAACCUGAAUUCUUUGAACGAAAAAAAUUAAACAAAGUACAAGGAAAAAAAUAUUAUAAUAAUUAUCAUCAAAAAGAAGAGAGAAAAGAUGACAAAGAAAAGAAUGGACACGAGCAUUUUACUAAACGGUAUAAUAGAGGUGGAUUAACUCAAGAGAAAAGAAACGAAAUUAAAAAGGUCAAUGAAGAACUAAGAAAAAGACAUCCCACUCUUUUACCUAUUGGUAUAGGUCAUGAUUUCUUUAUUGAUUCUCAUCAAUACCAACCCCCAAAAUGUGAGUAUAUGACUGAUCAAGAAAUUAGAAAUACUUUCUUUGCUUCCAUUGAAAGUGUUCAAUCUUAUUUUGCAUAUAAAGAACAGUACUAUGAAAUCGCUUUUAAUAUGCAACAUGAAAAUGCUCCUAUAGGAUCAAUGGCAUCAAUUUAUUCUCAUUUACAUAAAACACUUGACGAUUGUGUUACAAGUUAUUAUCCACAUUGUCAUCAUUAUCCAUUUGAUUUAACUGGUGUAGACCCAUCUCGUACAACUUGUUUUAGUGCUUUACAGUUAUCUUGUGGAGAAGAAAAUGAUUUUAUGUUUUUAGGAGAAUUACAUAAAUAUGAUUCAGCUCUUUGUUUAGAAGAAAUGUUACUUCAAGCUGUUUUAUUUAAUGACAUUCGAUUACUUGAAGCAGUUAAUGAUGAUAAUAGAAAAUAUAUGAUUCCUGAAGUGUCUCAAAUUUUGGCAACAAAAAAAGAAAAAAUAAGUCGAACUGUUGCUGAUGCUUUAUCAGGAAAUUUAUUAGAAGUAUUAAAAAAAGAAAAAGGGCUUAGAUUUGGAGCACGUAUUUUUUCUUUAUUCCCUGAAGCAUCAAAAGCUAAAGUUGCGUCUGUAGUUAUUGAUAAAUUAGGUGAUAUUUGUGAAUUAGAAAACCAUUUCCCACAAGAACGAAUGGCUAUAUUACAACAAGUUGCUGAUUAUAUUACAUAUUUAAAUGAUACUAUCCAAGUUGCUGAAUUUAUUGGGUCAAUUUGUGAUUUGUUAGAAGAUAAAGGUCUUGAAUUAUUAGGAAGUGAUUGUUGUUGUAUUGUUCAAUCUAUCUUAAAAAAUAAAACAUUAAAAUCAGAAGAACCUGACGUUUAUGAAGAAUAUUUAGAUGCUUGUAUGGAAAUUAUUGACACAUAUAAAGAAGAAGAAGAUCAUUCUGAAGAAGUUGUCCAAUUUUUUGAAUCAUUGAAAAAUUAA